CCGGGGCCCCGCGCGCCUCCAUUUCCGCUCCGGUUCCGCUCCGGAUUGGGGGGGUGUAGGGUGCCCCCGUGUCCUCGCCCUUAGCCCCCCUCUGUGAUCCCCCCCUCCCCACGCGGUGCUGCUGGGGCUCCAUUUCCGCUCCGGUUUCAGUCCGGUUCCGUUCCGGAUUGGGGGGUGUAGAGAAGGGGGUGCCUCGCUGCCUCCCCUCCCACCCCCCCCCCGGCAUUUCCGCUCCGGUUCGGCUCCGCAUUGGGCUGCAGGCCUCUCUGUGAGGGACGACAGGUGGCGGGAUGGAUGAGCAGAAGCCGCCCAGCGAGGACAAAGACUCUGAGGCGCCAGCUGACGGAGCUGCGUCCUCAGAGGAGCAGGGCAGCGCGGAGGGAGAUCCGCUGAAGCCCCCAGAAGUGGUGCCUGCCACGCGGGAGCCAGGGAGCACCGAGACAAAGCGGCCCCCACAGCCCUGCAGCACCCUGCCCUGGCGCUGUGCCCUCUGCAACUGUGGGGACUGGAGCCGGCUGGGGCAGCGGGAGCUCCAGCGCUUUGAGCCAGGGCCCAACUGGACGGAGCAGCCACAAGGGCAGGAGGGCCCUGGCGAGGUCCCAGCUGCCGAGGACGACCUGUCCCAGAUCGGCUUCACAGAAGGGGUGACGCUGAGACAGAUCUCGGAGCCGACGGGGCACUGCUGGGUUCACCACUGGUGUGCGGCCUGGUCGGCGGGGGUGCAGCGGCAGGACGGAGCAGGGCUGAAUGAUGUGGACAAAGCUGUUUUCUCAGGGAUCUCACAGAAAUGUGAACGCUGUCAGAGGAUGGGUGCUACCCUUCAGUGCCACUCGGAGGGCUGUCCGCGGCGCUACCACUUCCCCUGUGCGGCUGCUAGCGGCUCUUUCCAGUCUAUGAAGACCCUCCGGCUCCUGUGCCCAGAGCACCUAGCCGAGGCGGCGCAGAUGGAGGACUCGCGGUGCGUGGUGUGUGAUGGGCCAGGCGAGCUGCGCGACCUGCUGUUUUGUACCAGCUGUGGGCUGCACUACCAUGGCGCCUGCCUGGAGAUCACUGUCACACCCCGCAAGCGUGCCGGCUGGCAGUGCCCCGAGUGUAAAGUUUGCCAAACCUGCAGGCAGCCCGGCGAAGACUCCAUGAUGCUGGUGUGCGAGGCCUGCGACAAGGGCUACCACACCUUCUGCAUGAAGCCAGCCAUCGAGAGCCUCCCCACCGACUCCUGGAAGUGCAAGAACUGCCGGGUGUGCUCAGACUGUGGGCGGCGGCCGGCGGCUCUCAACCCUGCGUGCCAGUGGUACGAGAACUACUCGGUGUGUGAGGGGUGCCAAGAGCAGCGGCGCCGCAGCACGGAGGGCAGCCAGGCGGGUGAAGCCGAAGCCCCACCAUGCGACCAGCACUCACCGCUGCCCAUGGCCUGCAUCGACUCGGCGGGUCCCCCUGUGCCCCCGUCCCCAGCGGGGCACGACCCGCCUGUGCCCUCACCCCUGCCGCAGGCCAGGAGCCCUGCAGCGGAGCCCCAGGACAAGCUGCCGGCUGCUGACGAAGCCAAGCCGCCUGACCCAGACUCAAAGGCAGAGGAACCCGAGGAGCCCCCAGCCCUGGCCCCGGAGGUACCCGCCAAGGAGGAGGCGAUGGAGGUGGAGCUGGAACCACUGCCCCCCACCGCGACCCCGGCGCCCUCGCCCCCAGCGCCCCCAGACCUUGCUGCCGUGUCACCUGCUCACCCCGAGGAGCUGCCUCCAGAUGCCAAAGAGGAUCUGGCCCCUGAGCUGCCAGUGGAGCCCCACACCCCCGCCCCCGCCUCCCCUGCCCCUGGGCUGGAGCCUGCCGGCAGCCCCUGCAUCUCUAUGGACAUGGAGCCUCCUGCCGCCUCCCCCGCCCCACCGCCCUCACCGCCCGCUGCCGAGCCGCCCUCCGUGGCGCCCCUGUUGGGCUCCCCGGCCCACGAGGGAGCCCAGCGGGGUAGUGAAGGGGAGGAGAUGGAGACGGCCCCGGAGGCCGGGGCGCUGGCCAGCCCCUCGGGGGACAGAGCUCAGCCUAGCCCAGCCCCGGCACUGGGGCCCUUCCCGGGCCUGGCAGAGGAAGAGGAGGAUGAGGAAGAGGAGGCGCCGAGGCUGGAGCGGGAGGGGGCCAGCGGGCGCUGCUCACCCCAGCUGAGCGAGGAGGAUGGGCUGGAGGAGCUGCGGGGCGUGGGGGACCCCGAGUCCAGCCAGACCCCGGUCAGCUUCGCCAGCGAGCCCAAGGGCUCGCCCCUGCUGCUGGAGCCUGAGGAGCUGGGUCCAGCCACCCCCAUGGAGGUGUGCGGGGCAGGCACGAAGCUGCUGGGCCGCGGGGAGGAGGGCGGCCCUGAGCCCCCGGCCCUGCAACCCCGACCAGCCCUCAUCAAGUCGGACAUUGUCAAUGAGAUUUCCAACCUGAGCCAGGGUGACACCAGCAGCAGCUUCCCCGGGUCAGAGCCCCUGCUGGGCUCACCUGAUCCCGAGGGUGGGGGCUCACUCUCCAUGGAGCUGGGCAUGACAUCCACUGAUAUCAGCCUGCAGAAGGAUGAUGCUGCUCUGCUACCCCUUGGCACCGACUCGCUACCUGAGACGGACGACUCGCUGCUUUUUGAGCCAGCUUCUGGGGCCAAGGGUGAAGGCGAGAAGGGCCGGCGGCGCAGCUCCCCUGGGCGGUCCAGAAUCAAGCAGGGUCGCAGCAGCAGUUUCCCCGGGAGGAGGCGCCCCCGCGGCGGGUCCCACGGGGGUCGUGGUCGCGGCCGUGCCCGGCUGAAGUCAACCACUUCGUCCAUCGAGACCCUUGCGCUGGCAGACGUGGACAGCUCCCCCAGCAAGGAGGAUGACGAGGAGGACGAGGACACUAUGCAGAACACGGUUGUACUCUUUUCCAACACGGACAAGUUCGUUCUCAUGCAGGACAUGUGCGUGGUGUGCGGCAGCUUUGGGCGUGGGGCUGAGGGGCACCUGCUGGCCUGUUCUCAGUGCUCCCAGUGCUACCAUCCCUACUGUGUCAACAGCAAGAUCACCAAAGUGAUGCUGCUGAAGGGUUGGCGUUGCGUGGAGUGUAUUGUGUGCGAGGUCUGUGGCAAAGCCUCAGACCCCUCACGGCUGCUGCUGUGUGACGACUGUGACGUCAGCUACCACACUUACUGCCUGGACCCGCCGCUACAGACUGUGCCCAAGGGUGGCUGGAAGUGCAAGUGGUGCGUGUGCUGCGUGCAGUGUGGGGCGGCCUCGCCCGGCUUCCACUGCGAGUGGCAGAACAACUACACGCACUGCGGCCCCUGUGCCAGCCUAGUCACCUGCCCCGUCUGCCGGGAGAAGUACGUGGAAGACGACCUGCUCAUCCAGUGCCGCCACUGUGACCGGUGGCUCCACGCCUCGUGUGACAACCUCUUCACAGAGGAGGAGGUGGAGCAGGCAGCAGACGAGGGCUUCGAUUGCAGCGCCUGCCAGCCCUAUGUGGUCAAGCCCGUUGUGCCCGUGGCCCCUGCAGAGAUCACCCCGAUGAGGAUGAAGGAGCCAGAGCCCCAGUACUUCCGCUUCGAGGGUGUCUGGCUGACUGAGACUGGCAUGGCCGUGCUCCGCAACUUGACCAUGUCCCCACUGCACAAGCGGAGGCAGCGCAAAACCAGGCCAGGGGCCCUCAACGGGGAGGGCAGCUUGGAGGGCAGCGACCCCCUGGGCCCCGACGAGAAGAAGGAGGGGGACCUGGAAGGGGAUGAGCUGCUGAAGGCUGAAGUGGGUGUGGAGCACAUGGAGUGCGAGAUCAAGCUGGAAGCCUCUGCCAGCCCUGACCGGGAUGGUGGGGCUGACCUGGAUUCGGGGAAGGGGCUGGAGGACCUGGAGGAGUGCAAGAAGAGGAAGCGGAAGCCAUACCGUCCUGGGAUCGGUGGCUUCAUGGUGCGGCAGCGCAAGUCUCACACGCGUCCGAAGAAAUGCCCGGCUGUGCUGGCAGAGGCGGGGCGCGAGGGGCUGGGUGCUGAGGGACACCCCGAGGAUGGGGUGCCAGCAGACAUCCCAGCUGAGGGUGCUGCCGAGCCAGGGGUGGCCGAGGGUGAUGAGAAGAAGAAGCGGCGGGGUAGGAAGAAGAGCAAACUGGAGGACAUGUUCCCCCCAUACCUGCAGGAAGCGUUCUUUGGCAAGGCACUCAUGGACAUGAGCCGGAAGGCCCUGCUGGCAGCUGGCGGUGUGGGUGACGGAGCCGUCCGCCCCUCCUUUGGCCAGGGCGCCCCCCGGCCCAAGGUGGACCCCAGCGUGCCCGGGGCCCUCCAAGGCACGCCCAGAGACCGGAAGGAGGCCCCCACUCACCUGAGAGGGGAUGACAGCAUGGAUGGCAGCACCAUGAUGGGCCAGGAGGAUGACUCAAAGGAUGCAGAGGCAAAAGCCGAGGACUUGGCGGGCGCAUCCCUCCCAGGGGCAGAGGAGCCAAAGGACUCGCCGGAUCCUGGGGAUGCUGAGAAGCCAGCAACGCCGGGUGAGGGCGCGCUCAGCUCCGACCUCGACAGGAUCCCCAUGGAAGAGCUGCCCAAGAUGGAGAGCAAGGAUGUGCAGCAGCUCUUCAAGGAUGUGCUGGGCUCUGCGGAGCGGGAGCAGCAGCUGAACUGUGUGGCGGCAGGGCUGGAGGCCGGCGUGGCGGGGCGAGACCCCAGCCGGACCCAGCUCCCACAGAGGCCUUUCCUGCAGGGUGACUUGCAGCUGCCUGGACAGGGAGGUAUUUCUCUGGGAUCGAUCCCCUCCACUGUCCCUGUGGAGACCUAUUCUGGAGUCUGCCAGUCCCCCUUCCUGGACAACAGGGAAAGAAGCGGCUUCUUCAGCCCAGAGCACUGCGAGCCGGAGAGUCCCUGGGCCAGCAGCUCUGCUGCCACCACACCCUCCACGCCCACGACGCCCACCACAGAGGGCGAGGGUGAUGGGCUGUCCUACAACCAGCGCAGCCUGCAGCGCUGGGAGAAGGACGAGGAGCUGGGCGAGCUCUCCACCAUCUCACCCGUGCUCUAUGCCAACAUGAACUUCCCCAGCCUCAAGCAGGACUAUCCAGACUGGUCCAGCCGCUGCAAGCAGAUCAUGAAGUUGUGGAGGAAGGUGCCUGCCACGGACAAAGCGCCCUACUUGCAAAAGGCCAAAGAUAAUCGGGCGGCUCAUCGCAUCAACAAGGUGCAGAAGCAGGCUGAGAGCCAGAUCAACAAGCAGACCAAAGGGGAGGGCCUGCGCAAGCCUGAGAGGCCCUCGCUGCACCUGCGGAUCCCAAUGCAGCCAGGGGCGCUGCCCAGCUCUGCCCAGCCUUCCAGCACCGGCGGGCAGCCUGUCUACGUCAACAGUGCAGCCGGCCUGCCCCCCUCGGCCGACAGCUUUCUGAAGCAACCUGCAGGCACCGGAGGGGGAGCCGAUUCGCCCAGUGAGCUCUUCCUCAAGCUCCCGCCCCAGUCCCCUGCCCAAGUGCCUUCCCACGAUCCCUAUACCAUGGCCUCCGCGUACCCACUGGAGCCGCGCUUCUCCUCUCCCCUGGGCCAGAGUCCCACAGCGGGCUCUGGAUUCCAGCCCUUCCCACCCCAGCCCCCACAGCAGCUCUUGCCCACACCCCGGCCAGCUCCCGGCCCUCAGCCUGAGUUCCACCCCACCUCACCCGGGACCCCCCGGCACCAGCCCUCCACCCCGGACACCUUUCUGAAGCCCCGGUGCCCCAGCGGCUCCCUGGAUAACCUCUCGGUGCCAGGCAGCCCCGGGGCCAGGCCCCCCGAGCCGCUGCUCUCACCCCCACCCUUUGGGGAACAAAAGAAGGGCCUGGAGGCAGCAGGGCUGCAGGUCAAGAAGGAGGAAGGGGCUCUGGGCGUAUGCUCUCCCGGGUAUGCCCCAGCCCUGGCCUACGCCGACUCCCCGGCCGGCCCCCACCUCUCUGCAGAGCUCAAGGCGGCAGAUGUGUUCAAAGCCCCCCUGACCCCGCGGGUCCCUCAGGUAGAGCCGCAGAGCCCAGGGCUGGUGCACCGGGCCCCGGACCCCCAGCCCCUGGUCCCCUCACCCCCCAGCCACCCUGACCUCUACAGACAGUCGCCUUCAGUGCCCUGCUACUCGGACCCCUAUGCCCAGCCCCCCCUGACGCCCCGGCCGCAGCCCUCCGACAGCUGUUGUGCCCUCCCGCCUCGCUCCCUGCCCUCCGAGCCCUUCUCCCGGGUCCCUGCCAGCCCCCAGUCCCAAUCCAGUUCCCAGUCGCCCCUCACACCCCGGCCACUGUCCACCGAGGCCUUCUGCCAGUCGCCCGUCACCCCCCGCUUCCAGUCUCCCGACCCCUACUCCCGGCCCCCCUCCCGCCCCCAGUCCCGGGACCCCUUCGCUCCCCUGCACAAACCCCCCCGGCCCCAGAUGCCGGAGUCCAGCUACAAGACGGUACCAAUCUCGCACAGCGCUCCAGCUGGAGGGGGCUUCCCCCCGGCACAGCCCGAGCCCCAUGCCAAGGUGCCGGGGAGCCAACAGCCCCCCUUCAUCCGCUCGCCUGGUGCCAGCGUCUUCCCUGGUGCCCAGGCCCAGAUGCGCUUCACCUUCCCACCCUCGGUCGCAGAGCCGCUCAAGGGCUCCCCCUCCCACCAGCCUCAUGGGAUGAACAGCCAUUUUGCCCCGAGCCAGGCCCUGGGCAAGCCCCAGAGCACCAGCUAUGCCUCCUCGCCCAGCUUCCACCAGGCCGGCAGCCCCCUGGGGCCAGGCAACGCCACCCCUGAGACCUACAGCCUCUCCCCGCUGCGGCCCCCAUCGGUGCUCCCCCAGCAGGCCCCGCAGCAGCAGGAUGUCAGCCUUGGCUACCUGCCUCGACCGGGCCUGGUGCCAUCCACCGACAAGAGGGAGGAGGUUGUGGCAGGCAUCACGGUGCCCCCCAGCCGGGAGCUGCCGGAGCUGCCCGUCAGCCAGGAGGGUGCCCUCAACAGCAUGAGCCAGUCGGAGCUGGAGAAACAGCGGCAGCGGCAGCGACUCCGCGAGCUGCUCAUCCGCCAGCAGAUCCAGAGGAACAACCUGCGGCAGGAGAAAGAGAGUGCGGCCGCCGCAGCCGGCUCCACCCCGACAGCCUGGGGCCCCGAUACCAGCUCCCAGGCCUUUGAGCAGCUCAGCCGGGGCAUGGCACCAUACCAGCCUGUGCAGGACAAGAGCAUCCUGGGGAGCCUGCCCGCAGUGCCUGGUGGUACCAAGCUACCCGGCCCAGCCCUGGUGCCAGCCGCCUACGCCCAGGACGAGCGCCUGGCCCGGCCACCCCCCUCAGCCACGCCCUCCGCCAUGGACAUCAACGGCAGGACGGCAGUGGGACCCACGCAGACGUUCUACCCCCGCGCCGUAUUCCCGGGGCCCACACCGCAGCAGCAGCAGCAGCAGCAGAUAUGGCAGCAGCAGCAGCAGGCAGCCACAGCUCUACGGCUACCUGUGCCUACUCGCUUCCAGCAGCCGCCAGGCCACGAGCUCGGGCGGCCAGCGCUGGGCCCCCCUGUGAGCGGGCUGGCCUCACGCAUGCCGGGCCCUGCUGAGCCACUCCCUGCCUCGCCUGGUGCCAUCGGGCCCCAGUUCAUUGAGCUGCGUCACAACGUGCAGAAAGCGGCUCCCGGGGCUGUGGGGCCACCCUUUGCCCAGCAGGGCCCCCCUGCCAGGCCCCGUUUCUUCCUGCCUGGUGACGAGACCUCUGGCCCAGCUGCUCGCACCUCCAUCCUGCCCAUGCAGCCGGCAGUGCUGGGCGGCCCAGUCUUGCAACCCCAGAAGAUGCCGGUGCCUUUGCCACCCUCUUCUGCGUCCUCACAGGGGGCUGAGAUGAGCAACAGCCACCACCCACCUCUCACCAAAGGCCCCUCGCUGCCCCUGCCCUCGGCUAGCCUGGAGCUGCCACAUGUGCCCCCUCGCCCACUGUCGUCUGCUGGUGCCGGACCACGCCCUGAGGGCCCCAAGGACGAUGCUGUGGCGCCCGCUCCAGGUUCGGCUUCAGCUUCCGGCAGGAGCCAACUGGGGCUGGAGGGCGGACGGCUGCCGUGCGACGUCCCGGUAGAGCCUGACUUGGAUGACGACUUUGACACCCACAAGGACCUGGAGGACGACGACUUGGCCAACCUGAGCCUAGACCCCGAUGUGGCCAAGGGUGAUGACGACCUGGAUAGCCUGGAGGCCAACGACCCACACCUGGACGACCUGCUGAACGGGGAUGAGUUUGACCUGCUGGCCUACACUGACCCCGAGCUGGACAACGGUGACAAGAAGGACAUCUUCAAUGAGCACCUGCGCCUGGUGGAGUCAGCCAAUGAGAAGGCUGAGCGCGAGGCCUUGCUGAAGACAGAGCCGCCCACAUCUGGCCCAAGGGUCCCCAAUGCUGGGGAGCGCAAGGAGGUUGCACCACCUGGGGGGGAAAGGGUGGUCAAGGAGGGGCCAGCUCCGGGCAUGGGGUUGUCCUCUGCCUCCUGCCCCUCCGGGCCCAUGCCAGCCCCUGACCCCGCCUUCAAGGCACAGGGCAGUGUCCUGGAGGCCAAGAUGGGCCCACUGCCGGCAGACAUCAAGCCCAAGCUGGAGGAAGGCUGCUUGAAGACGUCACCCUGCCAGUUCACUACCAGCGGCCCUGACCGGCUCCCGGGCCCCAUCAAGGCUGAGGCUCUCCAGGGAGCUGAGAGAGUGGCUGCUACCCUCGGGCUGAACCUCAAGCCAGGCCAGGCCCUCCUGAGUCAGGGUGCAGGGCCAGCGCGGCUCAGCAUGGGCCAUUUCCCUGACAAUGGCCACCCUGCCGCCCCUGGCUCGGAAAAGGACCCUUAUGCUGGCCCUGGGCGUGGGCUGGCGCCUGGCCAGGUAGCCCCACCAGGCAGCGCCUUGCUGGAGAAGUUUGAGUUGGACGGAGGUGCCUUGAGCCUGGCCAACACCCAGCACUCGCCAGGUGAUGAUCUGGACAAAAUGGAGAGUUCCCUGGUGGCCAGUGAGCUGCCGCUGCUCAUUGAGGACCUGCUGGAGCAUGAGAAGAAGGAGCUACAGAAGAAGCAGCAACUGUCAGCCCAGCUGCCCAGCGGCGCUGCACCUCUGCAGCCCUCGCAUGCCAUGCUGCCAGCCCAGCCCCAGCCCCAGCCCCACGACGCGCAGGCUCCCCGCCUGGUGGGGCCACAGAUGCAGCUGGGCCUGGUCGCACGGCAGCAGGGCCUGGUAGCCCCCCAGCAGCUGAUGGCACAGCAGCAGCCGCAGCAGCGCCUGGCAGGAGCCCCACAGGGCCAGGGCCAGGGCCUGGGCACCCACAUGGCACUAGCGCAGCCCCCACCUCAUGCACUUGUGGCCUCCUCUGCUGUCCCUGCAGCCCUGGCCCAGCAGAAGCAGCUGGCUGGGGUGCAGCCCUCCAGCCUGGGCCUGAAGCCGCAGCAGCUUGUCCUGCAGCAGCAACAGCAGCAGCAGCAGCAGCAACUGGCCAACAGCUUCUUCCCUGACACAGACUUAGAUAAGUUUGCAGCUGAGGACAUCAUGGACCCCAUCGCCAAGGCAAAGAUGGUGGCGCUGAAGGGCAUCAAGAAGGUGAUGGCACAGGGCAGCAUUGGCGUGGCCCCCGGCAUGAACAGGCAACAGGUGUCCCUGCUGGCCCAGCGGCUGUCAGGAGCCCCAGCCACGGCUGAGAUGCAGAACCAUAUCCUGGCUGGGAGUGGGCAGGAGCGGAGCAGCACUGACCCAGCCCAGGCUCGCCCCAACCCCCCGACCUUUGCUCAGGGUGUUAUCAACGAGGCCGACCAGCGGCAGUACGAGGAGUGGCUCUUCCACACGCAGCAGCUGCUGCAGAUGCAACUCAAGGUGCUGGAGGAGCAGAUUGGUGUCCACCGCAAAUCCCGCAAAGCGCUGUGCGCCAAGCAGCGCACCGCCAAAAAGGCUGGGCGGGAGUUUCCUGAGGCCGAUGCUGAGAAGCUCAAGCUGGUCACGGAACAGCAGAGCAAGAUACAGAAGCAGCUGGACCAGGUCCGCAAGCAGCAGAAGGAGCACACCAACCUGAUGGCUGAGUACCGCAACAAGCAGCAGCAGCACCAGCAGAGCUCGGCUGUGCUGGCCCUCAGCCCCUCGCAGAGCCCGCGCCUCAUGGCCAAGCUCCCCGGGCAGCUGCUGCCAGCGCAUGGUGUCCAACCAUCCCUGUCCCAGCCAGGAGCCACCAUGGUGGGUGCCCCAGGCCUGGGCCAAUCCCAAGGACAGCUGGUGGGGCAGGCGGCUGGCCUGCGCCCUCCCCAAGGCAGCAGCGGAGUCCCUAUGGCAGUCCAGCAAGGCCUGUCGUUCAUGGGCCAGCAGCAGCUGGGGAAUGCGGCCGUGCCUGGGACCUCCAACAGCUUCUUCACCGGCAGCCCCACACUGCGGGGGCUGGGUGCUGACAGCCGCCUCCUGCAGGAGCGGCAGCUGCAGCGGAUGCAGCUGGCCCAGAAGCUGCAGCUGCAGCAGCACCAGCAGCAGCAGCAGCAAAGCAUCCUGGGACAGGUCUCCUUGCAGCAGCAGCAGCAGCAGCAGAGCAUCCUGGGACAGGUCUCCCUGCAGCAGCAAGGCAUCGUGGGCCAAACUGGCUUGAUGGGCCAGGCGCAGCCACCACCUCCACCACCCACCCCGCAGCCAGGCCCCGGGGGCCAGACUAUGGUCCCAAAGCAGCAAGGAUUGAUGGGAAACCAGCAGGGCAUCCUGGUGCAGCAGCUCUCCCCGCAGCAGCCGCCGCAACCAGGCAUGCAGGGGCACCCCCCAGCGCCCACGCUGCAGCACCAGGGGAUGGGCCACCAGCCACGCCAACUGCUGCUGGCCCCCCACCAGCAGAGGGUGCUGGGGUCGCCCCAGCUGGGGCAGCAGGCGCCUGGCCUCCUGGGGCACCGCCUCGUCCUGUCCCAGCAGCAGCAGCAGCAGGUCGGGCUCCUGGGGCCGGCACGGACACUGCUGACGCCGCAGCAGCAGAACUCUUUAGCACAGCACCAGGCCCUGCAGGGCCAGGGCCAGGGCCUGGGCCAGGCUGGCCUGCAGCAGAUGCAGCACUUUGCGCAGCACGGGGCUCUGGGCCAGGGCCCCUCCGUGCUACACUUGAGUCAGGGAAUGCAGCCGGGCCUGGCCGCCAAGGAGCAGCCGGGAGGACCCGAAGGCACCGCGCUGUCUGCUGAGGGCACGGAGCCAGCGGGGCAGGGGCCACCGGGUGGCCAGGACCUGGGUGGGCAGCUGCACACCAGCCCCCCGGAGCCGCCAGGCAGCCAGGAGCAGCCAACCCAGCUUGUGCUGCAGCCCUCAGCGGAGCAGCUGCAGAAGCACCCACCAGAGCUGGGGCAGCCACCACCGCUGCGCAUGCCAGGAGUGCCGCAGCCUGGUGCCCUGCUGCACCAGCCCCUGCCUGGCGACCCGACAGCAGGAGCUGCCAGGCAGGACACACCACAGCUGCACGCGAAUCCCAGCCCGGGGCCACCCCAGCCGGGCUUGCCAGUAUCGGAGCCACCGCAGAGCUGUGCCAUGAGCCAGGCACAAAGCAUCAUGGUGCAGCAGCAACAGCAAAGGAUUGUGGGGCACCCCCAGCUGCCCUCACGGCUGCAGAGCAUGGUGGGGCCACCCCGACCUGGGCUGCAGCAGCAGGGCUUGCUGCUUCCGCCUGCAGCCCAUGCGCAGAGUCUGCUGGGCCAGGUGCCGGGGCCAGUGCUGGGGCAGAUCCGGGCGCAGCUGCAGGGUGUGCUGGCCAAGAACCCGCAGCUGCGGAACCUCACACCGCAGCAGCAGCAGCAGCUGCAGGCCCUGCUCGUGCAGCGCCACCAGCAGAACCUGCUGCAGCACAGCCAGGCACUGCGCCAGGCCGGCCCCUUCCCAGGGCAGGAGUCCGGGCAGCCAGGCACGGCUCCCCAUGCCCCUUCACCUGCGCCGCCCCGCCAGCUGGGCACUCUCUUCCAGGUGCGCUCAGCUGGCCCGGUCCCUGAGCCGGGGCUUGGCAUGGAGCGGGUGCCUGCAGGGGCCCCCCAGCCGCAGCCGCUGGCAGAGCUGGUCCAUGGCGGUCGCAGCCCACAGCCAGCCAUGCUACGACUCUCCACCACACCGGCACCCCCCACCAUCCAGUCGCCCCUGAGUGUGCUCAGCCUGGGCCCCGCACCACCACAGCACCCUGUGCCCAGCCCAGAACAGGGCGCCCAAGAGCCAAAGAAAGCUUCCCCUUCCCUCCUGGCGCAGACCCCUGUAGCCCUGCCGGAGCAGCGGCCAACACCCCCCCACAGUGGGCUCCUGCCUGAGCCUCCCAAGCCUGACCCCUCUCCUGCUCCCCCCAAGCCAACCUCCAGCCAGAGCAGGGAGGAGCCCUUCCCAGUGCCCCCCAGCCCUUGGGAUCCCGCGGCGCAGGGGCCCAUUGCUCCUCCUGGCACGGAGCCCGUGAAGGCACGCCUGCCCAUGGUCCCCAUCAGUGGGCAGGCAGCUGAAGUGCCCCGCACAGAGACUUUGCUGCCUGAAGCUGGGGGGCCGCUGGCCAUGCCCCCUGGCGUGUGUGUCAAGCAGGAGCCCAAGGAGGAGGGAGUGCCGUGUGAGCUAGCUGCGGAGCAGCUCCUGAAGCCUGAGGCCCACAGGGAGCAGCCGGCAGCACCCACCCCGGCCAACCACCACCUGCUGGGCAGCCAGCUGCUGGCGGGCGCCCGCACAGAGGCUGGGCACCUGCUGCUGCAGAAGCUGCUGCGGGCCAAGAAUGUGCAGCUGGUAUCACAGCGCACUGCCGAGGGGCUGCACCCUGAGCUCAACGGGCAUGCUGAUGGCAAGCUGGCCGCGCUGGAGCACAGGCUGCAGGCUGUGGCCCCAGGCAGGGAGGACCCAUCUGCCGCCAAGAAGCUGCUGGCCCCAAAGCCCAAGCGGGUGCAGAAGGGCAAUGAGCGGGUCCCCACCUCCCGCAAGAAGCUGCGCAAGGAUGAUGGCCUGAAGCCCAGUGAGGCCCUCAUGAAGCAACUGAAGCAGGAGCUCUCCCUCCUGCCCCUGACGGAGCCGACCAUCACGGCCAACUUCAGCCUCUUCCCGCCCUUUGGCAGCAGCCCCAUCAAUGGCCGGAGCCCUCUCAAGGGUGCCUUCGGCAGUGCUGUUCUGGAAAGCGUCCCCGACUACUACUCCCAGCUACUAUCCAAGAACAAUCUGAGCAACCCGCCAACGCCACCCUCAUCGCUGCCCCCCACCCCACCCCCCUCGGUGCAGCAGAAGAUGGUGAAUGGUGUUACCUCCAGCGAGGAGUUGCCCGAGCAGCCCAAGGACCCGGCCCUGGCCCGUGAGCCCGAGGGCCACAAGGAUGCUCCUGCCGUGGAAGUGAAGAGCUUGGACCUGCUGGCGGCCCUACCCACGCCCCCGCACAACCAGACUGAGGAUGUCCGGAUGGAGAGCGAUGAGGAGAGUGACUCCCCCGACAGCAUCGUGCCUGCCUCGUCCCCGGAGAGCAUCCUUGGGGAGGAUGUGCCCCGCUUUCCCCUGCUGACGGAGACGCGGCCAGAGCUGGAGGAGCGCGUGCUGUCCCCCGUCAUCCCCAUCAUUCCCAGGGCCAGCAUCCCAGCCUUCCCUGACACCAAGCCCUAUGAAGCACCGGAGACCUUUGGGGAGCGCUCUGCAAAGGCCCCGCUGACGCAGGGAGUCCCCUGGGAGAAGGGCAAGGGCAGCGAGGUCUCCGUCAUGCUGACCGUCUCUGCUGCAGCAGCCAAGAACCUGAACAGCGUCAUGGUGGCCAUGGCCGAGCUGCUGAGCAUGAAGAUCCCCAACUCCUAUGAGGUGCUGUUCUCUGAAAGCCCUAUGCGGGCUGCUGGGCCCGAGGCCAAGAAGGUGGAGACUGAUGGAGCUGGCACUGACAAACCCGGGAAGCCGCCUGACGGCAGUGCGGAGUGGCUGAAGCAGUUUGACGCUGUGUUGCCAGGCUACAGCCUCAAGAGCGAGCUGGACAUCCUGACACUUCUCAAACAGGAGAGUCCGGCAGCAGAGAAGGCGGCACAGCACUGCUACAUCCACAACGUGUCCAACCUGGACGUGCGGCAGUUGUCACUGCCACCCGAGGAACCCUCGCCCCCGCUUUCCCCCUUCGCCCCAUCACCCUCCAGCCCUGCCGAAACCGCCUGCAUCCCGGCUGCCGAGGCCGCCCCUGAGGCAGCACCAGUGCCCUCCACGCCAUCCCCACCUGCCCCUUCCCCAGCCCCCAAGGAGGAGGGGUCACGCUCGCCAUCCCGGGCCAAGCCACGCGCACGGCCUCCGGAGGAUGGCGGCGGGGACGAGGUGCGGCCGCGGCUGAAAAAGUGGAAGGGGGUGCGGUGGAAGCGUCUGCGGUUCCUGCUCACCAUCCAGAAAGGUGGGGCCAAGCGAGAUGGCGACCGGGAGAUCGCUGAGUUUGUGGAGAAGCUGGGCUCAGCCCUGCGCCCAGAGAAGGUGCCGCGGGACCUGCGGCGCUGCUGCUUCUGCCAUGAGGAGGGCGAUGGUGCCACGGACGGCCCUGCCCGCCUCCUCAACCUGGACCUGGAUCUCUGGGUGCACCUGAAUUGCGCCCUGUGGUCCACAGAGGUGUAUGAGACACAGGGCGGGGCCCUCAUCAAUGUGGAGGUGGCGUUGCACCGGGGGCUGCUGACCAAGUGCUCCCUGUGCCAAAAGAUGGGUGCCACCAACAGCUGCAACCGCCUGCGCUGCCCCAGCGUCUACCACUUUGCCUGCGCCAUCCGCGCCAAGUGCAUGUUCUUCAAGGACAAGACCAUGCUGUGCCCCCUGCACAAGCCCAAGGGCCCCUGCGACCAGGAGCUGAGCUCCUUUGCCGUCUUCCGGCGCGUCUACAUUGAGCGCGACGAGGUCAAGCAGAUUGCCAGCAUCAUCCAGCGGGGCGAGCGCCUGCACAUGUUCCGCGUGGGCGGCCUGGUCUUCCACGCCAUCGGCCAGCUGCUGCCCCACCAGAUGGCUGACUUCCACAGCGUCACGGCCCUCUACCCCGUGGGCUACGAGGCCACGCGCAUCUACUGGAGCCUGCGCACCAACAACCGGCGCUGCUGCUACCGCUGCACCAUCUGUGAGAACAACGGGCGCCCCGAGUUUGUGGUGCAGGUCAUCGAGCAGGGCCUAGAGGACCUGGUCUUCACUGAUUCCUCGCCCCAGGCCGUGUGGAACCGCAUCAUUGAGCCGGUGGCCAUGAUGAGGAAGGACGCUGACAUGCUGCGGCUGUUCCCCGAGUACCUGAAGGGGGAAGAGCUCUUCGGCCUCACGGUGCACGCCGUGCUGCGCAUCGCCGAGUCUCUGCCUGGCGUCGAGAGCUGCACAAACUACCUGUUCCGCUAUGGGCGCCAUCCGCUAAUGGAGCUGCCACUCAUGAUCAACCCCACUGGCUGCGCCCGGGCUGAGCCCAAGAUCCUCACCCACUACAAGCGGCCCCACACCCUGAACAGCACGAGCAUGUCCAAGGCCUACCAGAGCACCUUCACGGGCGAGACCAACACGCCCUACAGCAAGCAGUUCGUGCACUCCAAAUCCUCACAAUAUCGGCGCCUCAAGACCGAGUGGAAGAACAACGUUUACCUGGCGCGCUCCCGCAUUCAGGGGCUGGGGCUGUAUGCAGCUAAAGACAUCGAGAAACACACCAUGGUCAUCGAGUACAUCGGCACCAUCAUCCGCAACGAAGUGGCCAACCGGCGCGAGAAGAUCUAUGAAGAGCAGAACCGAGGGAUCUACAUGUUCCGCAUCAACAACGAGCACGUCAUCGACGCCACGCUGACGGGGGGCCCGGCCAGGUACAUCAAUCACUCAUGCGCCCCAAACUGUGUGGCCGAGGUGGUGACCUUCGACAAGGAAGAUAAGAUCAUCAUCAUCUCCAGCCGCCGCAUCCCCAAAGGGGAGGAGCUGACCUACGACUACCAGUUCGACUUCGAGGAUGAUCAGCACAAGAUCCCCUGCCACUGCGGAGCCUGGAACUGCCGGAAGUGGAUGAACUAGCACCUGUGGGUGCGGGCUCAGGCGUGCGCACGCCACCCCGGCCCAGCGGAGACGCCGCAGAGGCCUUCGGCCAGGCCUGGCGUGGGGGAAGGGGCCUGGGCAGCAGGAGCGGUGGUGGCAGGAUAGGACGGGACGCCCCAGCUGGGCCCCGGAGUCGGCUGGAUGCAGGUGGGAUGUCUGGGGCCGGGGCCGGGCCGGGCCAGUACCAAAGGCAAGGCGGCUCCAGGCCUCGCUCGCACAUAUCGGACACUGCCUGCCUACCUUGUGGGGGGCGGCAGCGCCCCCGCCCCCCCGCUGACCUGCCUGCCGGCAGCAGGACUAAUGAACUGGCAACUCAGGGUUUUCUUUGUUUUGUUUUGCGGGGGGGGCGCUGGCCCCGCCGCCGGCCGCGUCUCAGCCCCCUCGCUUGCCCAAGCACCUGGCCAGGGCUCCGGAGGGGUCCCGGGGCGGGACGGGACAGGGGCAGCCCCUGCCCCCCGCACCGGAGCCGGGCGGGUCAGACCCAGCACCGGGCGGCUGCGGCCUCCUUUUUAGAAACAGAACUAAUCCGAUUCGCUCGCUAAUUUACCAAGGUAACAAAGAGACUCCUUGAGCUUGACAAUCCCGAAUCCGAGCCCGGCGCCGCUGGGGCCCGGAGAGACACAGAGUUUGCGUGGGUUUAUUUUUCUCGUUGUUGUGGGGACGGAAGCACCGCGAGGGCGUGAAGGAGGCGCCGCCCGCACGGAGCGGAGCUGGGAUGAGGCAUGUGCGGACCCCCCCCCUCCCCCCCAAUGGACGCCAGGAGCAUCUGCACCCGAACCUACCUCAUUUUAAGUGUUAGAUUUUGCUGUGUGAAAUGUGAGCCCCCCCUGGUCCCAUGGCCCCCGGCUCCCGAGCCCUUCCUCCGUAACCGACUGCGCAGGCCCACUUAGGGAGGGGACUAGAGCAGCGCUGGGCAGAGCCUGGGGCCUUUCCCUUCCCUCUGGUCCCCCCCUGCCCCAGGACCCAGCCCCCAGCCCUGUGGACUGUGGGAUGCAGAAUGGACAGCCCCAGGGACUGGGACUGGGGCCCUGCCAGCUGGAUGCCCCGAGAUCUCGGUUACUUCACCAGGCUACAAGAAAGGCAGAGCCUGGGGGAGGCCGCUGCUCGUGGCUCCAUCUGCCAUGUGCCAAGACUGGCUGGGGUAGGAGGGCAUUGCCCAUUGCCAGGCCCCCUCCCCUCGCCCUCAUCGCACUGUUCCGGCACAGGGGGCAGCUAGUUGAGCCAGGGUGGGGGAGAAGGGCAGGAAGCCAGGUCAGGCUGUGCAUCAGCUGGCAUCAGCAGAUCCCCGCGUCGGGGCAGGGGUCUGCUGCGGGCAAUGCCCCCUUCCCUUGCAAACCUGCCCCCCCACCCCAGUUGCUAAUGAAGCUGCUGCUCUAGGCUUUCCCCGAAGGCUGCGCGCGCCUGCCCUGCGGGCACGGUCGGGGGCAGGUUAUUUAUCUAUUUAUACCUUACGUUGUAUAUAUUAGAAUGGGGGGGAGGGGAAGGCUCUCUUCUGUGCUCUGAUUGGCUGCGAUUUUUGGGGCUGCGGGGGAGGGGUGCCUUUCAGGGACCCCCCCUUCCCCCCCACCCCAGCCAGGGUCUGCAGCUAACUGCAGGGUGGGUUGGGGCAGGGCAAACCCACGGACACGGGCCCUUUCCCUGCUCUCGCUGCCUGUCCGGGUCAGGUCGGGGCCUGGAUUUUCAGAUCGCGGCAGGGCGUUGGCACGGGGCCGCGGAAGGAGGGGAGGGCUUGGACGGGCAUCGCGGGCAGCGCUGCCCACCUUCCCGCUGCCAACUCCCUGCUGCCUGCUCCUCCCAGGGGGACCUCACAGCUGGACCCGCUGGGGCAGGGGGUGGCAGGCCCCCCGGCUCGCGCCCACUCGCUCCCCACAGGACUGCGUAUUGCUGGGGUCUCCUAACGCACAAGCGCAUUGCACAGGGGGGGACGCCCCUGACUGGCCCCUUGGCCCCGGGGCUGGGGGGGGAACCAGGCAGGCCAGCAGUGGGAGGGCGUCUGGCUGGUCUCACCUGGGGCAGGGGGCCUGCGUCGAGCAUUUCCUCCUUCUUCAGGUGGGCCGAGAAACAAGAUGAUGGGGGGUGGGGGGAGCAGGCCCAGGGCAUUUCCCGCUGGAUUCCAGCCGGCUAGGAGCGAGGAGAGUCGUUGCGUUUUUACAAAGCUGCUUCCGCAACUAUUCAAAGCUGCAAAAGGGUAAAAAUGAAAACGUUCAAGGUGGGGGCGGGGGAAGAAGAAAGUGAAAAGCUAUGGAGAAAGUUUAAAUUUAAAGAAAAACCUGUAAAUAAAAUGGGAGUUCUGUAGAGAAAUGAACUGUUUUUACCAAUAAUGAAACCACUGGAUGUUAUUUUAAAAUAAAGGCGCGUGAGAGAGAAAAAAAAAAAAGCCAGUAUACCUUUUUGGUUUUGUUUUGUUUGUUCGUUUUUCUUUUCUUUUUUUGUCUUUCCACAAAGGUGGAAGGCUGUAAAGUGUAUAAAUAAAAAGAAACAUUUUAAAAAUCGCUAAAGAAAUAAAUAAAACAAGGGGGUUCAAGCUGGGAAAAGAUGAACUACCAGGGUUGUCUGGCUUUUUAGAUUACGGUUAGAGAAUAAAAUAGGCUGUAGAUUUUAGCUGGGGGGGAAGAAAAGAGAAAAUAAACCUUAUACAGUUUUUAAUUUUUAUAUUAAAGUAUAUCGCGGUCAGUCCCGGAGCUGAGGUUGGAUGUCUGUUUUUUAAAGCUCUGCCUGUAUCAUUGCGUUGGAGCCUGGUCCUGCCCCUUCCCGGUUGCACAGACUGUUCUAUUCUCAGUUGGACCUUUUAUGACCCCCCCCCCGAAAAAAAAAAAAAAUAACCCCUUUAUUGUUU